AUGGAAAUCGAAGGUUCGCAAACUCCUUUAUCCACCAGAACAACCCUUGUCAAUGCCAGCAGCUUUCAGACCCUACCACAAUCAGAUAAUUACUCGUCCUCGGCCUCUACAAUAGAUCGAACCUAUUUUCUAAGAGGGAAGUAUGCAUUUCGAUCUUCUAAACUUAAAAGACAGCACAAGAUACGGUUGAAUCAGCGAAGGAACCCAAAAUUGUUCAAACCUCCUUUGGACGAGGGGUUUGCCUGUCCGCGAUGCUUGUCAGCCGAUGGUCAGGAGAGUGGGGAUCACCACUUCGCACUUGUUCUCCAACGACUUACAGAGAUGGAUAUGAGACAAGAGCGACUCCUAACUAUUCUCCAAAGAACGAAUAGUAAUAGUGUAGAAGACGCUGAGCUCUCCUUCUCACACUCCAAUGCCAAUCGCUUUCAACCGAGAUUAGACGUAUUCAGCUCUUCCUCUCUGCAAAAGUAUCUGCAGACUACAUUACAUCCAGAUCCGGUUCGGUUAUGUGAUAUGUUCUUAGCAAGAUACAAUAUUCCGCAUAUUCUUACUGGAUCAUACGACGCAAUCGAGUUAAUGCAUAUGCAUGGCUGGGAGCCCGAAGGCUACGGGGAUAUCGUCCUGGUACUCCAGCAUUCUCUAGAUGAUGACUUGCAUGGGAUAGAAGUACCGUGGAAGCAUAUUGAUCAAACAGGAGAGCCACUUCUCGCCUUAAAACUCACUCAAGUCACACCACUUAUCAAAGAAAACUGGUUAUACCAAGGGAGGUCGAUACGGAACUCAGAUGAGACUGAUGUACCAUUCGAAACGGAUGAGUUCGCAGACUCUGUUCUUUUCUUGAACUGUCCAGGAUACACUAAGACAUUAUUAUAUCAGUCAAGCUAUGAUUCGUCCGGCUCUCAUUUUUCUCGGGAGCCUUGGCUAAGCGGGAAGCGUGCACUUCUAUGCCAACUCCAGGUAACAUUUAUCUCCAGUCCUGAAGAAGGAUGA